AAGCAGGGAGUAAACGCGGCUCCGGGCUCCGGCUGGCGGAGGGGCCACUGGAAACGCCGGAGGUGUGGCCUGCACCUGAUGGACAGCCUCCCGGACCACCCCCUCGAGGGGGUCCUGAAGGAAGGCCGACGGAGCCAAUGGACGUGCCCCGGGCGCCCCGCCCCGCCCUCCCUGUCAGCCAAUGGGGCUGCAGCAGGCGGGGUCUUCCCGGGCUCGGCCGCUCCGCCGCCUUCUCCGCCUCCUUCUGCUCACCAGCGCUAAACCCGGGACUGGACCGAACGGAGUUGUGCGCGUUGCCGAAGGGGGUGGGCCGGGGGAGGGGAGGUUCGUUCCGCGGAGCCGCAGCCAGAACCGGGGUCAGGAAUCGUCUUCAACCCUGUCUGGUACAUCUUUGACAGAAAGUGAGAAGGAAAACAUCCCCAUUGUUGCUGGGCAUGGACACAGGUGCAGUGGGAGGACUGGAACUGACUGAUCAGACUUCUGUUCUGUUAGGGAGCACGGCGAUGGCAGCUAGUCUCACAAAUGUCGGAAAUUCAUUUAGUGGUCCACCUGCGCCUUUAGUUUCUAGAUCUAAUAAAUUUCAGAACUCAUCGGUGGAAGACGAUGAUGAUGUUGUUUUUAUUGAACCUGUACAACCUCCCCCACCUGCUCCGGUGGUAGCUGAUCACAGAACCAUAACACUCACAUCAUCAAAACAUGAGGAACUCCAAGGAAACGAUUCCACAGCUCUUUCUUCCUCAAAAGAGUUGGCUUCUCAGAAGGGGAGUGUAAGUGAGACAAUUGUCAUUGAUGAUGAAGAGGACAUGGAAACAAAUCAAGGGCAAGAGAAAAAUUCCUCCAAUUUUAUUGAACCUCGGAGACCUCCUGAGACUAAAAACAGAACCAAUGAUGUGGAUUUCUCCACUUCCGGUCUUUCAAGAAGUAAGGUAAAUGCAGGAAUGGGUAAUAGUGGUAUCACCACAGAACCAGACUCUGAAAUUCAGAUUGCUAAUGUUACAACCUUAGAGACAGGUGUGAGCUCUAUGAAUGAUGGGCGAGAUAUGAACUUAAUGAUUACACAUGUAACAUCACUGCAGAAUACCAGCUUGGGAGAUGUCUCUAACGGACUGCAGUCAAGUAAUUUUGGUGUUAAUAUACAAACAUACACCCCAUCUUUAACUUCACAGACCAAGACUGGAGUAGGACCUUUUAAUCCUGGUAGAAUGAAUGUGGCAGGAGAUGUAUUUCAGAAUGGAGAAUCUGCAACUCAUCAUAAUCCUGAUUCUUGGAUUUCCCAGUCAGCAUCAUUUCCCCGUAAUCAGAAACAGCCAGGGGUGGAUUCUUUAUCACCAGUGGCCUCACUUCCUAAACAGAUUUGCCAGCCUUCAGCCCAACAGCAACCCACUAAACCAGUUAAAGUCACUUGUGCAAACUGCAAAAAACCUUUACAGAAGGGACAGACAGCUUAUCAACGAAAAGGAUCAGCUCACCUCUUUUGUUCUACCAGCUGCCUUUCCUCCUUCUCCCACAAACCUGCUCCAAAGAAACUCUGUGUUAUGUGUAAAAAAGAUAUAACUACAAUGAAAGGAACCAUUGUCGCCCAAGUGGACUCAAGCGAGUCGUUCCAGGAAUUCUGUAGCACGUCUUGUUUGUCUCUCUAUGAAGACAAGCAGAAUCCUACUAAAGGAGCACUCAAUAAAUCAAGAUGUACAAUUUGUGGUAAACUAACAGAGAUUCGCCAUGAAGUUAGCUUUAAAAAUAUGACUCAUAAGCUGUGCAGUGACCACUGCUUUAAUAGAUACAGAAUGGCCAAUGGUCUGAUAAUGAAUUGCUGUGAACAGUGUGGAGAGUACCUGCCCAGCAAAGGUGCCGGGAAUAGUGUCCUGGUGGUUGAUGGUCAGCAGAAGCGUUUCUGCUGCCAGAGUUGUGUCAGCGAAUACAAACAGGUAGGUAGCCAUCCAAGCUUCCUGAAGGAGGUUCGAGAUCACAUGCAGGACUCUUUCUUAAUGCAGCCUGAGAAAUAUGGAAAACUGACCACUUGUACUGGUUGCCGAACACAGUGCAGGUUUUUUGAUAUGACUCAGUGUAUAGGUCCUAAUGGAUAUAUGGAGCCAUACUGUUCAACUGCUUGCAUGAACAGUCACAAGACAAAAUAUGCAAAAUCACAAAGUUUGGGAAUUAUUUGCCAUUUUUGUAAGCGAAACUCUUUACCUCAAUAUCAAGCCACAAUGCCUGAUGGAAAACUGUAUAACUUCUGCAAUUCCAAUUGUGUGGCUAAAUUUCAGGCUCUAAGUAUGCAGUCAUCUCCAAAUGGCCAGUUUGUAGCCCCAAGUGAUAUUCAGUUGAAAUGCAACUAUUGCAAAAAUUCCUUUUGUUCAAAGCCAGAAAUCCUGGAAUGGGAGAACAAAGUGCACCAAUUCUGCAGCAGGACCUGUUCAGACGACUAUAAGAAGCUGCACUGCAUAGUUACGUACUGCGAGUACUGCCAAGAGGAGAAGACUCUUCAUGAAACAGUGAAUUUCUCUGGGGUUAAGAGACCCUUCUGUAGUGAAGGCUGCAAACUAUUGUACAAACAGGACUUUGCAAGACGUUUAGGCUUGCGGUGUGUUACUUGCAACUAUUGCUCUCAACUGUGUAAGAAGGGAGCAACGAAAGAACUGGAUGGCGUUGUGAGGGACUUCUGUAGUGAAGACUGCUGUAAAAAGUUUCAGGACUGGUACUACAAGGCUGCAAGGUGUGACUGUUGUAAAUCUCAAGGAACUCUUAAAGAGCGUGUGCAGUGGCGUGGGGAAAUGAAACAUUUCUGUGACCAGCACUGCUUAUUGCGCUUCUACUGCCAGCAGAAUGAGCCCAACAUGACGACUCAGAAAGGACCUGAAAACUUGCAUUAUGAUCAGGGUUGUCAGACGUCCCGAACCAAAAUGACAGGUUCAGCACCACCCCCUUCUCCAACACCUAACAAAGAGAUGAAGAACAAAGCAGUUCUUUGCAAACCUUUAACAAUGACAAAAGCUACUUACUGUAAACCUCACAUGCAGACCAAAUCUUGUCAGACAGAUGACAGUUGGAAGACAGAGUAUGUCCCAGUGCCUAUCCCUGUGCCUGUGUACGUCCCGGUGCCUAUGCACAUGUACAGCCAGAAUGUUCCUGUCCCUGCCACAGUUCCUGUUCCUGUGCCAGUCCCUGUUUUUCUGCCGGCCCCAUUGGACAGCAGCGACAAGAGCCCAGCAGCAGCUGAGGAGCUAAAAAGCAAAGAUGCUUCAGACCCUCUUCAUACCGACUUGCUUACAAUGACAGACAUGAUGACUGAGGACGAGGGGAAAGCAGAAGCUGCCAACAUCAACAGUGUAAUUAUUGAAACAGACAUAAUUGGUUCAGAUCUCUUGAAGAACUCUGACCCAGAGACACAGUCCAGCAUGCCUGAUGUACCAUAUGAACCAGAUUUGGAUAUUGAAAUAGAUUUUCCCAGAGCUGCUGAGGAGCUUGAUAUGGAAAAUGAAUUUUUAUUACCACCUGUUUUUGGAGAAGAAUAUGAGGAACAACCUAGACCUCGAUCUAAAAAAAAGGGAGCCAAGAGAAAAGCUGUAUCAGGAUACCAGUCUCAUGAUGAUAGUUCUGACAAUUCAGAAUGCAGCUUUCCUUUCAAAUACACAUAUGGUGUAAACGCAUGGAAACACUGGGUCAAAACUAGGCAACUUGAUGAAGAUCUUCUGGUAUUAGAUGAGCUAAAAUCUCCUAAAUCAGUAAAGUUAAAAGAGGAUCUACUCUCUCAUACAACGGCUGAGCUUAACUAUGGGUUAGCCCAUUUUGUCAAUGAGAUUCGCCGGCCGAAUGGAGAGAAUUAUGCACCUGACAGCAUCUACUAUCUUUGCCUUGGAAUACAGGAGUACUUGUCUGGUAGCAAUCGGAAAGACAACAUAUUUAUUGAUCCAGGAUACCAGACAUUUGAGCAAGAAUUGAAUAAAAUACUCCGAAGUUGGCAACCAAGCAUACUUCCAGAUGGGUCAAUCUUUUCUCGAGUUGAAGAAGAUUAUCUGUGGAGGAUAAAACAGCUCGGCUCACACUCCCCAGUAGCCCUUCUGAAUACCCUCUUCUACUUCAACACUAAAUAUUUUGGCCUGAAGACAGUGGAACAACACUUACGGCUUUCCUUUGGCACUGUGUUUAGGCAUUGGAAGAAAAAUCCUUUAACGAUGGAGAACAGAGCAUGCCUCCGAUACCAAGUGUCUUCCUUAUGUGGGACAGACAAUGAAGAUAAAAUUACUACUGGAAAAAGAAAACAUGAAGAUGAUGAGCCAGUAUUUGAACAAAUUGAAAAUACAGCCAAUCCUUCUAGAUGUCCUGUGAAAAUGUUUGAAUGCUACUUGUCUAAAAGUCCACAGAAUCUUAAUCAGAGAAUGGAUGUUUUUUAUUUGCAACCAGAGUGCUCUAGCUCGACAGAUAGCUCUGUCUGGUACACAUCUACUUCACUGGACCGAAACACCUUGGAAAAUAUGCUCGUACGGGUUCUUUUAGUAAAAGAUAUUUAUGAUAAAGACUAUUAUGAACUGGAUGAAGACACAGACUGAAAAGGAACGUUUCAGAAGCAAUCGGGAUAAAACAGCAUUAGAUAGUCAUGCUGCUAGAUCUUUAUUAUGGAAAACAUUUCAAGUUUACUCCUUCUGUUUUGAGUUUUGUAGCAGUGUACCCACACUGGGUACCAUGUAAAUAAUCUGUGAGUGAAAGUGGCCAUUAUUCUAUGUAGUGGUUUUAGGAUACUUAACAAAUACAUUCAAAUUCUUUUUUAUUAUUUAUUUGAUUAGGUAUGUUUGUAACUUUUUACAUUACAAAAUAUGAAUGAGAAUGUGCCAUGUAUAAGUUUUUUCUUGUAGUAAGAAACAUCCAUAUUGCACAAUUCUACUGUUGCAAAGCUUCCUUGAAGUGGGGCUCUGUUACUGGGUUCUUGACCAGACGGUUGUGGAUGGGCAGCACUACAAAAAGUUUAGGACUUGCAGUGUCUUUCAGAAUUUUUAAAAUAAACUGUAAACUAAUAGGCUGGGUUUUUUGUUUUGUUUUGGGGGGGUUUUGUUUGUUCGUUUUAUGUUUUAGUUACUGAAGCCUUACAAGGUUAUGUAGAGAGAUACCACCUUCUGUACCAAAAAUAGACAAGAGAAUGCUGUCAAUAUUGGUGUACUGUAAUGUGAAUCUAUACUGGUGAAAACAGCCUUUUGUUCCCCUUAUUAAAACCUUAGUGUCCUUUUCUCACUUGUGGCUUUCUGCAUCACCCAAUCAAUACUUUAAAAAAAUACAUAUAUAUGUAUGUAUAUAUAUAUAUGUGUGUGUAUAUGUAUGUAUAUAUAUAUAUAUAUGAAGAAUGACGUUGAAACAUGAUUGAGACAUUUUCUUUGUAAAAAUGUCUGAUAAAAGUAUACAGUUCUGUUUUCUAUGCCACCCAUAAGUAUCCAAAAUCCCCUUCAUUUAUAGAAGUUUGAUUUUUCUUUUUCCCUCCUUAAGGAUACAGAUCUUGUUGGAAUACCUACGCAGUACUCUAAAACUUCAAUUUUAUUAGAAUUCUUGUGCCUGACCUCAAAUAUGACCGAUGCAUACAUUGGAUAAAAUUAUUUUUAGAAAUGCCACUCCUAAAAUAGAUGUUAUAGACAGUCAAGCUAGUUGAAAUAAGAUGGUAUCACAUGUUACUAUGAAGAUAACCAGUCUAGUAAUUCUGAUGUAUCAGAUGAUUGAAGAACAAAGGAAGAAACUGAUGGAUAGAGUACAUCUCAAAGGAAGUCACAUUUGCGGUUAGAUUGUUUGGCGUUUGAAUUUUAAUUACUUCUUAUAGAAGAUUGCAUUAAAAGACUUUGUGCUUCUGCGUAGCAAUUUAUCUGUUCAGACCUUUUCUUUUAGAAGGACGUUUACUUAAGAUCCUACCUUCUAGAGACUGAGCAGAGUGCUCGCUGCAGAUUAUCAUAAAGAAAUCCUUUGGCUGACUUCAUACGGCAUGUGUGUAAUCAUGUUUGCUUGUUUCUACUUCCUCAAUCACCACAGUGACAUUAGUUUUUUUAAAUUGUUGGGGGCGGGGGGGAUUGGGCUCUUUCCACAGUGCUUAGGCUAUGUCUACCCAUCCCUUAGAUACUGCUGUCUUCCUUAGGAUAAAUGUUGUUAGCAUUCAGAAGAAAUUUUCUCAAUCAUGAUUUGGAAAAUUUCACAAGUGUAAUCACUGUAUAUUUAAGCAAUAAUUAGCAAAAAUAUUUUUGGCAUAAAAAUUAUAAUGUUCUAACUUGUUUUAUAAGUUUGAAUAACGUUUCUGUCCCUUAAUUUUAUAUUGUUGAUUUGGUAAUCAGACUGACAAUAGCAAGUCUGAUAAUACUUUACUAAAAAUAGAUUGCUCAUUGUCUAUUUAAUGAAGAAAAAUGGGUAACACAUUUAAAAUAUAUAGUGCAAAAAUGUCCUCAUACUUACCUUUUCCCAGAAGUACUUCUUUAAGCACUUUUACUAUUAGACGCAUGUUGUUGAUAAAAAGGUGGUUAAUCCUAACUGUCUUUUAUUCUUGAAAGUGGUGCUAUUCCAUCAAGAGCAAUAAACUUUUUCCCAAAUGUCACUUAAUGGAUAUUUUACCAAAUACCAUACACUUCUGCCAUGGUACUACUUACUAUUAAGCACCUUGUCUUGCUAUUUACAUUCCCUUUAUUGUACAUUUUAGCUUUUCUAAACAGAAAUGUCUUCAGAAUUUUGAUCUUGACAUGAAUUAAGGAUUUAGAGCUCUUGUCUUUGUCUUGAUUGCAAUCCAAGGAUUGAUUUACUUGACUCUCAGGGGAAAAGAAAAAACAUCCUAUUUAAUGAGAAUGGUUUGUUCUGUGACCCUUGCUUCACCUAGAAUGCAUUUCUCUGGAUCUCCUUAGUUUGUGUGGUUAUAGCUGACUGCUGAGAAAAAGAACAGUGAAAUGACAGCAGUUUUUUUUUGCUUCUUAGUGAUUUCUGAUUAAAGCAUCCUGUAAAUAUAACUUUAUUGUCUUUAGAUGUCUAUUGGAGAUGCUAUAUUUUUCUGUUGUGAAGAUUUUGCCGUUUAAAAUGAACCAGUGAAGAAGUUUUUAUCCAUACUGAGAAAAGUGAAUUUCCCAUGCAAAUUGAAUCUUCAUUAACACGUUUUUUUGGCAUUUAACUGUAUUCGGUAAUAUAAGAUAUUAAAGAAUUUUUCUAGGCAAAGUUUUUUUUUUUUAAGUCAUAAGAAUACAUUUUGUUUAAAUAGUAGUUCAUGGUUUUUCUUUUGUUACAUGGAGGUAUUACCAGAGUGUUGAACAUACUGAGAUAGGAAGAGGGUGCAUAUUAUACUAUGCAUUUAAACUUUUGUCACGAUUUCUCGUGGACUUUCCCUUUGUCCUGGCUAAUUGUGAUUUGGGAAUGGGGUAACUCUUUAUGCAUAGUAUUAAGUAUUACAGUAAUGGAAAAUUCAUAAAAUUGCAAAUUUUUGGUUUGUACUACUCUCAUGUGGGUCCAUUUAAUCUGAGAUCUUAAAUAUCUUGCAGUCAUAAAGCACUAUAAAAAUUACAUUUUUAUUUCACCAGUUUUUUCCAAAAUGUGUUGUUAUACAUAAUGUCACUUGUGUUCUAAGUUAACAUUGACUGUAGGAUAAUCUCCUUGUUCCCCUCAAACAAAAUAGUCAUGAAAGUGUACAUGAAAAUAUUUUUAAAGAAUAAAUAUCUUCAACUAAAUUAAAAUAGUUUUGGGUUUUCCCCCUUACUAAGCCCUUACUAAUUUUUAGAGAAGUUCUUUGAAUUUUAGUUAUUCCACCUACUGUAUUCUUUAGAAUCGAUUAUUUUUAAAGUGUUUUUCAGUGCUAAGUACUUUCUUGUUGUUUCUGGGUAUAUCAUACUUGCAAGUGACACUACUAACAAAACCUUACAAAUUUAGGAGCUGGUUAACUGCAUCAGUCUGAGAGUAAGUUGCUGUGAUCGCCUGCCUUAUAAUGAACUGGACAAGAGAAAGUUGUUGCUAAAACCUGGGCAGAUUAAACAAUUUCAGGAAUUUAGGCCUUUUGAGAAAAAGAACCAAAGAGAAGCAAAGAUUUCAUCUGAGUAAAGUAUUAAGAAUAGAACCAAAGAGAGGGUCACAGACCAGGUGGGUCCAUGAUGGGAGUUCAUUGUGUCAUUAGUGAAGGCAAGAUGUAAAUCAUAAUAGCAUAUUUUCUAUUGUAGUGCAGUGGGAAGAAUAAUUCUAGUGCUCUUUGGAACAUCUGAUGAGGUACAGUAUACUGUCUUGGGCUUCAGUUUCUUUAUCUGUGAGAUGAAGGCAUUGCCUUGAUUUCUGAUUCUGGAAUUUCAAAUGAAGCACAGUUGGUAUUCUACUUAAGAGACUUAGUUAUACAUUUUACAGAUUUAUGUUUGAAUCCUUAUGAUUUAUUUAGAAACACAUUUUCUUGGAGAAGGGAAAGAUCUUUCCGAAAAUAAUCGUAACACAGAGAACAUUAGACCUAAUUUUAUGAGGAGCUUUCUGACAUCUGAGAAGUCAACUCAGCACAUGGAAAUUCAUUACCACAGAACUUCAACAACAAGUUUUUGUUGCAUAUUUCUUCAGUGCCACUACUGCCAACCAGGUAGGGAGGAAGAGAAAAUAAAAGAUUAUGAAGACAUCAGUGUUCCAAAGCCUACAGUUAUGGAUGAUGAACAAGAUACAUGGGUGUGCAUACGUUUAAGCCCCAGGGAACAGAUAGAGAAUAUAUUCAUGAUAGUUUACAAUGGAAGAUUGUGGACAUUCAGAAAUACCCUAAAAGGCUAUUAUGAUCUAGAGUAGGUUUCAUAGAGUUAGCACCACCUGUGAUUUAUAUAAAACAUUAGAUUCCUGUAAUCUUGGCAUUGAUGGUCUCAGCUCUGUUAGAAAUGGUCAGUGGAGCAAUUUCGGAUUAUUUUAAGAGUUCCGUUUAGAUGGCAUCAGUCCUCAUCUCUGGCUUUCAGACCAGCUCACUAUAAGAGUAGUUAAAAAUAGCACCAAAGAGAAGAACAAAACGACAGCAACUUGUCUGUUCCCCUUCCCCCAAUUCCCCAAUAAAAAUCUUUAAAAAAAAAAAAAAAGCACCAAAGGGGUUAGAGAUAAUUCAGAAAGGUAUUACACUACAUCAAAUCAAGGUGAGUAUUUCAACUUGUAGGUUAUAUAGUAUGGAUGGAACACAAAGGUCUAGUAUAUUAUAGUUUUUAAAACAUCAUAAAUUUGUUUUUCAUAGCAAUUGCUUUUGAAAAUAGAAUCUCAGAUAUUUUCUAAGCCAUGGGUGUGCUACUCAACCCUGUAAACAAGGUUAAUCUUUGCAUUUUGAUUCCAUAUUUGUAGUUCUAAAUUGAUGUCAGCAGAUGGCAGUAGUACACAGCACAAGUCUUAAAUUCCUUCUUUUGCUAUGCUACUGUAAGUAUACUAUAAUCCUUUAUCAGAAACCCUUGGGGGUUUUAGAAUUCAGGAUUUUCCCCUUUUCAAAAAUAUAAAUACUUGUAAAUUACAUAACGCUCUCAAUGGGGUUUGGGACAGCACCCCACAAUCAAAACAUUUCUGCAGAAGUAAAUCAGAUAUGUGUAGUAACUGGGAUAAACUAUGUACAGCUAUAGAAAGCUCUACAUGGGUCGGUUUUGUUACAAACAAGAAAAACUAGAUUUUCAGACUUCUGAAUCUCAAAAUUGCUGAUAAGGAAUUGCAGACUUGUAAUUAAGAAAAAGUCAGGUGUAGUUUUUAAUAUCUGAUAUUUUUUAUCUUUUAUUGCUGAAUUUUGGUAGAGGUAAUUAACUGAAGGCUUUCUAUAAAAUUUGCAUGUUCGGUUUAAAAUGCAAGGAAUGCUUAAAACAGGCAUAAUAGAAAUGGCAGUUCUAGAAGCAUUGAAUUCUGAAACUUUAAAAUAACUGCUUUCUUUGACUUUCCAUUUUGCUGUAUGUGUAGCGUUCUACACAAAUAUGAUAUACUUUUAUCAAUAGUGGCAGUCAUGUUGUGGAGCCGGUCAUUUAUUCAUUCAACAAAUACUCGAGUGAUUCUUUCAGGCACACUGAACCAUGUGCUGGUUACACAGUAGGAUAGAAGACCCAGUUCUCCUCAAAGACAGUCUAUUGGGGAGAAGUGAAAAUGCGAUGGAACAGCAGAAUAAGGUAGGCACUCAUGCCUCAUAGUGCACAAUCGCUUGCGUUAUAAAGAAACCACUUCUCAAGGAGUUCCUCCAGACUCACUGGAUGUGAGCCCACCUCUGACUAUUAUGCCGAUCUGUUUUUCUAUUCUGAAAAGGACAGGUGCCACCUACUUUGAGGGUGGGGAGGUAGGUGCAAAUUGGAAAAUGGCAGGGAACAUCUACUACACUGAAGGCUCUCAAAAGGUGGUUAUGUUUUGAGUUUCGUUUUUAAUCAGUUGUCAUGCUGCAAGAACAUUAUAUGUCAUGAAAAUGGGAGCUUAUGGGGGUAGGGAGUGUUUUUGUUCCCUGCACCUAUUAUAGAAACGGUCCCAUCACACGCUAGGUGUUAGUGAUUGUUCGUUGAAUGAAUUAAUGAUUGAUUAUAAGUACUUUCAAGUUCAAGAAUCUUGAAAAAUAAAGGAACCACUGAAAAUA